AUGGCCAGGGAUCAGGUGACCCAGGAACCCUUCGCCCGAGACAUAAUAGAACAGCAUGUUCUGACAAAGCAACUGGGCUCUCGCCCAGGAGGAGAUGCCAUCGGCCCCCCGAACUGGCAAAGUUGCCCCGAGUUGCCGACAUCUGCAGAAGUCAUGAAUGCAGAGCCUGGUCAUUUACCCGAGAACUCGAAGGACGUGCCAACAAAGUUGCAGUACCUCGAGAGCCAGUACUGGCUCACGAGAUUCGAAGGAACCGAGCUGCUCCGCCGAGCGGUGAAUCACAUCCGCGCGUGCCCUAACAUGAUGGAGGACUCUGAUUUCUACAUCUACACCCAAGUUCACGUGCAAGGGUAUCUCUUCACAAGGUCCGGCGCUGCCUGCCGAAUAUCGUUUUCCACGGAGCGAUCUCCCUCAAAGGUCCUCUGGAGACACUCUAAACGCCUCACGCCGCAAACGUUGGUUGCCCUAUCGCCACGCUCAGACAAUUUCAAGACUCAAUGCUUUGUUGCUGUCGUUGCAGAACGGUGUUUGAACGGCGGGGUUGAACCAAAUUUCCAGGCUGGAGAAGACGAGAACACGCCGCCUCGAAUCGACAUUUUCUGGGCAAAUCACGAAGAUGCCAUUCUUGAUCCCUCUGUUGAUCUCAUAAUGGUCGAGGCAAAGGGGGGCUAUUUCGAGCCCAUUCGCCAUGCCCUAGUCGGCCUUCAACACGCUGCCUUUUCCGAAUCCAAAUUCGACAAGUACAUUGUUGAAGGGUACGAAAGAAGUUUGCCGGCAGCAUACUUUCAAGAGGCUAAACAAUCUGUCCAUAUUCCGAUUGCUGCGUCGCAAUUCGACUAUUCCCAGAUGGAGGCGUUUAACUGCAUGACUUCUCGUGAGCUUGCCAUUGUCCAAGGCCCUCCUGGAACAGGAAAAACAUUCACUUCAAUCGUCGCAAUCCAGAGCUAUAUCCAGACUCUGCAGGCCAACAAAGGAAAGGACGAACCACCAUCCCUUGUCGUCGUUUCAGCUCAGACAAACCAUGCUCUGGACCAGCUCUUGGAGCGAUGCAUCCAGGUUGGAGCAAAUGUUGUACGUCUCGGGGGUCGGUCUAAAGUGGCUGCGAUUUGCGAACGCAGCAUGUACAACCUCGAACAAGGCUCAAAGGUCAAGGCCGGCCCUGCCCAAGGAGAGAACAGUCGGAAAACCACUCUCCGCAAUCUCAGGGAUGCACUGUCGAUGUGUUUUCCAGGUGGCCUCAUCAGUGCAGAUCAUCUUUACCGUGAAGGGCUCCUUUCAAAAGAGCAGUUCGACUCCCUUCGUGACAAUGAUUGGGAGACAGCAGCGGUACAGCCGUCAGUCAAGGUCGACAGCCCCGAUGGCCCUGAUAACCCCAAUGACACAGAGGAUACCUUUGGUGGUUCAAUAGCUGCGUGGCUUGAAGAUUGUGUCGAACAAGAUCAGACAUACGUCUAUCGCCCCCCACAAGGUCAAGCCGAAGUCACACCAGAUGCCUUUGAGAGUGGGCACGAAUAUCAGCCCCCAGAGGAUGAGGAUGAAGAGCGAGAGCGCCUGAAGGGAGAGUUCAUUUCCACAGAGUUUUACUGGACGGGCUCAGUGCCAGGCUCUAUGUCAAGAAAUUCUGCUUGGUACUAUCAAGGUUGCAAGUAUCUGCGCAAGUACUCGGAUCUCUACCAAGUCAAACCGCCUCAACGUGGUAUGGUUUACCGAUGCCUUCGACAGCAGCUUAUCGAAAAGAUAACUGGGCAGUUUCCCAAGCUCCUCCAGGUCUACCAAAAUGCCUGCGAUGACAUCAAGAUCAACAAAUGGGGCCGACAGGUCAAGGUCGUUCAGCAUGAGGGCGUUGAGGUGCUUGGAUGCACAACCACUGGGUUGACCAAGUAUCGCGGGCUGAUCUCGGCAAUGAAACCUCGUAUUCUAAUGAUUGAGGAGGCCGCAGAGACUUGGGAGGCAAACAUCACAUCAGCUUUAUAUCCAUCUCUUGACCAGGUGGCCCUUGUCGGCGACCAUCAACAGCUGGUGCCAGGAGUCGAUGUCUCGGAGUUAAAACAACACCCCUACAAUCUCGACGUAUCUCUCUUCGAGCGGUUGGUUCAUCUCAACCUUCCAUAUUCAAUGCUCAAGGUCCAGCGACGCACGAUACCCAUCAUCAGGUCUGUCGUCAAUACGUUUUAUCCCGAGAUAGAGGAUCAUGAGUCUGUCAAGGAUCCACGCAUUCAUCCACCAGUUCCUGGAAUGGGUGGGCAGAACCUUUGGUGGUUCCAGCAUCAAUGGGGCGACAGCCAAAAUGCGGAGCGCUCUUACUACAAUACGAACGAGGCAGCGAUGAUUGUAGGGUUCGUCAAAUACCUGGUGCAGAAUGGGGUGCGCCCGUCCCUGAUUACAGUGUUGACCUAUUACAACGGUCAAGUUGCCGACAUCCUCAGCAAGCUCAGAAGGAGCGCGACACUCGCCAACUUCAACCCAACCAAGGAGUGGUCUGUCAGAACUGUCGAUGGCUUCCAGGGAGAGGAGAAUGAGAUCAUUAUUCUUUCACUAGUCCGAAGCCCAGCAAGUCCUCACCAUCGCCCCAGGGCCGGUUUUGUCGAGAACGAAAACCGUGCUGUUGUCGCGACAAGCCGUGCCCGUUGCGGUAUGUACAUCUUUGGCAACAGUGACAACCUCCUCAGAAGCACCCCUGAAAGCGCCGAAACAUGGCAACGAGUCUACGACAUCUUUAUCAAGGAGGGAUGCAUUGGGUACAAGCUGCCAGUGGCCUGCAAGAAGCACGACCGCAUCACUGAAAUUGGCCACCCUGCUGAUUGGGAGACGAUUCCAGGAGGCGGGUGCAUGGAACCCUGCGGCGAGACAUGCCCAGAAGGCCACCCAUGCGAAGCGAUAUGCCAUGCCGCCAACGAGGCACAGGUCAGAUGCCGAGAGAUGUGCGAGAGAAUCCUACCAUGCAACCACAGGUGCGGCUCCUUCUGUGGAACCCCUUGCGAAUGUCCUCGUGGAUGCAACAAACCCGCUCUCACGGAAGUGGACAUGCCACUACGGCCACCUCCUACAAUAGCAGCUGGAAACCAAGCAGGUGAACAACCAAGCUCACGUAACGAGCCACCUCGUGGUAGAGGGGGGAGAGGAGGGAGAGGCGCCCUAGAUACCCAAGGCGCUCCUCGAGGUGCUAAGAAGGGAAAAAGGUUCAGAGGUGGUGGUGGAGGCCAGCAGUCACAACCUAUGCCCAUUUCCCUUCCCAUCCGAGAGCAAUCGACGCAGGGGACCCAAGGCCAAGUCCAAAAUCAUCAAGACGAGCCGACGAGCGAGGAACUGAUGGAAUUUGGCUAUCACGCGGGGAUAGCGGAGCAACAUGUGCAGGUUAAACGGGCAGCCGAGAACCACGCAUCAACUACACUGAUUCCGGACCUUGUUCCAAUGGCAUCAGUGUUCGAGAGCGCUGCGUUGUCAGAGGAAUCUACCUCGGAUAAAUGGAGCCCGCAAAAGGUUAUGGAAAGGGAUAGAGCAUUGCAAUUAUCGUUACAGCGCACCGAUCUCAGUCCGACUCGACGCUCAACCAGGAUUCGGCAAACAUUCUAUCCCACAGCCUUAGACAGCGCAGGUUGCAGGCAACCUAUCGUCACGGAGCACAUCUUUCCUGCACCACAACUUCAACAGAGGCCCAUGACGGUUCGAAGUGAAGCUGGCAGUGCGUAUUCGGAGCAGCCCAGUCGAAAGCAACGCGUGCUCGACAUCGCAGCUGGGUUCGACAUUGCCGACCACUUGGAGAGUUUUAGCUCAACCUCAGGAUUCGACGAUGUGCGACAGUCAAGCCCAGAGCAAGAGCAGGUCUCGGGGGCAGAUAGCCUUCUUAUGCCCCUUAUCCAGUUUGACUAAAGAAAGGAGGGUAUUGGAAACCUGGAAGCUGAGUAUCAGGUUGUCCAAAGGGCAUAGCUAUGGGAGAGAUGGAUUGUGGCGGCUUCUGGAAGAUUACGGGGAUUAACAUUGCUUGAUUUGGGAGGGUGCUAAGGACCUUGUCGUUUCAUACAGUUUUAGGCACUAAAGGAUCAGUCUUGAUGAAACCCAUUUUCUCGCUGGGUGAUGUUGAAUGAUUGUGGAGAGUCG